CCUUCUCCCCUGUGGGGUAAGGCUCCUGAGUGGGUGUGGGGUGACUCACACAGGGCACGUGGGUGGUAGGCGAGGCUUGCCUGGCGCCAAGGGCAGGUAGCCCAGCCAGUUCUGCCUCUGCUGCCUCAUUCCAGUCUUCAGACAUCCCCAAGCCUGCAAUGAAAGCCUCUCACCACCUCAGCCACUGUCCCAUUGGGGGGCCUUGGGCUCCAGACAUGCGGUGAUAUCAGAGCAAGGGCUGCCGCAUCACUCUGUACCUCAGCAGCUAUGAAUGCCCACCCCAAGGAGAUGGUGCCCCUCAUGGGCAGGAAAGCCAAUGUGUCCUGUGGGAAUCCUGCUGUCCUGACAGAAAAAAGGCCAGCGGAGGUCACACCCACCAAGAAGAGUGCUCACUUCUUCCUGGAGAUAGAAGGCUUCGAGCCCAAUCCCACCGUCACCAAGACAUCCCCGCCUGUCUUCUCAAAACCGAUGGACUCCAACAUCCGGCAGUGCCUCUCUGGCAACUGUGAUGACAUGGAUUCCCCUCAGUCUCCUCAGGAUGAUGUGACUGAGACCCCAUCCAACCCCAACAGUCCAAGUGCAAACCAGGCCAAGGAAGAGAAGAGGCGGAAGAAGAAGAGUCUGAAGAAGCGCAUCUUCUCUGCAGUCUCUGAGGGCUUUGUGGAGGAGCUGGUGGAGCUGCUGGUGGAGCUGCAGGAGCUUUGCAGACGGCGUCGCGGCCUGGAUGUGUCUGACUUCCUCAUGCACAAGCUGACGGCUUCAGACACGGGAAAGACCUGCCUGAUGAAGGCCUUGCUAAACAUCAACCCCAACACAAAGGAGAUCGUGCACAUCCUGCUCACUUUCGCAGAUGAGAACGACAUUCUGGACCAGUUUGUCAAUGCUGAGUAUACCGAGGAGGCCUACGAAGGGCAGACGGCUCUCAACAUCGCCAUCGAGCGGCGCCAGAGAGACAUCGCGGCUGUGCUCAUCGCCGCCGGGGCCGACGUCAAUGCCCACGCCAAGGGAGUCUUCUUCAACCCCAAGUACCAGCACGAAGGCUUCUACUUUGGUGAGACACCCCUGGCCCUGGCAGCGUGCACCAACCAACCUGAGAUUGUGCAGCUGCUGAUGGAGAAUGAGCAGACAGACAUCACUUCGCAGGACUCCCGGGGAAACAACAUCCUUCAUGCGCUGGUGACAGUGGCUGAGGACUUCAAGACCCAGAAUGACUUUGUGAAGCGCAUGUAUGACAUGAUCCUGCUCAAGAGUGGCAACUGGGAGCUGGAGACCAUGCACAACAACGAUGGCCUCACACCCCUGCAGCUGGCUGCCAAGAUGGGCAAAGCUGAGAUCCUGAAGUACAUCCUCAGUCGGGAGAUCAAGGAGAAGCCGCUCCGGAGUCUAUCUCGGAAGUUCACGGACUGGGCCUACGGGCCUGUGUCGUCCUCACUCUAUGACCUCACCAAUGUGGAUACUACCACAGACAACUCUGUGCUGGAAAUUAUCGUCUACAACACAAACAUUGAUAACCGGCAUGAGAUGCUGACCCUGGAGCCCCUGCACACGCUGCUGCGUAUGAAGUGGAAGAAGUUUGCCAAAUACAUGUUCUUCUUGUCCUUUUUUUUCUAUUUCUUCUACAACAUCACCUUGACUCUCGUCUCUUACUAUCGUCCCCGGGAGAAGGAGGACCUUCCACACCCGUUGGCCCUGUCACACAAGAUGGGGUGGCUGCAGCUCUUAGGGAGGAUGUUUGUUCUCAUCUGGGCAACAUGCAUCUCUGUGAAAGAGGGCAUUGCAAUCUUCCUGCUGAGACCUUCAGAUCUGCAGUCCAUCCUGUCAGAUGCCUGGUUUCACUUUGUCUUUUUUAUCCAAGCUGUGCUUGUGAUACUGUCUGUCUUCUUGUACUUGUUUGCCUACAAAGAGUACCUCGCCUUCCUUGUGCUGGCCAUGGCCCUGGGCUGGGCGAACAUGCUCUACUACACACGCGGCUUCCAGUCCAUGGGCAUGUACAGUGUCAUGAUCCAGAAGGUCAUUCUGCAUGAUGUCCUGAAGUUCUUGUUUGUAUAUAUCGUGUUCUUACUGGGAUUUGGCGUAGCCCUUGCCUCGCUGAUCGAGAAGUGUUCUGAUGGUAACAAGGACUGCAGCUCCUAUGGCAGCUUCAGUGAUGCCGUGCUGGAGCUCUUUAAGCUCACCAUAGGCCUGGGUGACCUGAAAAUUCAGCAGAACUCCACCUACCCCAUCCUGUUCCUAUUCCUGCUCAUCACCUAUGUCAUCCUCACCUUUGUCCUCCUCCUCAACAUGCUCAUUGCACUGAUGGGGGAGACCGUGGAGAAUGUCUCCAAGGAGAGUGAGCGCAUCUGGCGGCUGCAGAGAGCCAGGACAAUCUUGGAGUUUGAGAAAAUGUUACCAGAAUGGCUGAGGAGCAGAUUCCGGAUGGGAGAACUGUGCAAAGUGGCAGAAGAUGACUUCCGUUUGUGUCUGCGGAUCAACGAGGUGAAGUGGACCGAAUGGAAAACACACGUCUCCUUCCUCAAUGAAGAUCCGGGGCCCAUCAGACGGACAGUGGAUUUCAACAAAAUCCAAGAUUCUUCCAGGAGCAACAGCAAAACGACUCUCAAUGCAUUUGAGGAAAUAGAUGAAUUUCCAGAAACGUCAGUGUAGGAGCAGAAGCGAGAACAGAUGCGAUAGUGAGCUGUCUGAUGCUGCAGGCAGAGUCCUGCCUGAACUCUGCUGAGGGUCUGUGCAGAGUGGCGAUCCGGAAGCUGGCCAUACCCUCCUGUUGAGCGGACAGCUGUGCCCAGAGGCGGCUCUCAGUGCAGGGUUGGGAGACACUUGAGUUCUGUUACUCAGCAGAAUUAGUGUGAACCCAUGGGCAGCAGUCCUGAGCACAGGGGUAUCCUAAGGUCAGAGUUGACAUCCGUGGUUUGAACAGUUGCAGACUGGCUUCACUGGGAGAGAUGGGCACUGGAGAAGGGGCCUCUGGAGGGAGAAGGCAGUCUUUUAUCUCAGCAGCGUGCCCUUGUCAGCUCAACCCCAGCUGACAGAAUGCCCUGUUGUGCUGGGCCUCUUGGGCUUGUGAGAGAAUUUUGGUCCCAUCCCAGGAUGUUCAGAGGACUGUAAGCCAAGCUGGACAUCCUUGGGGAGGAGGGGGUAUGUGUUAGGGGAAAGCCCUUCCAGAAGUUUUAGGAAACAGAAAACCACCCUUGGAAUGAAACCCAAGGCUCAAACUGUCUCAAACUGAGAGAUGUUUUUAGUAGCGUAAUUUACACAGGUUUUUAACUUUUAAUAGAAAAUACAUUUCAGUUUUUAAUGCAAAUUACUUCAGAUGAAGUAGGUGAUAUUAAAGCUGAGAAAUAGAUCUUGGGCUUUGGGCUGGAUGUAAGUAUUAUAUACUUAGCUUUAGGAUGGCCAGAGCAAGGGCAAACAGCUUUAUUCAUGUCCACAUGAGCGUACAGGAGCCAGGCUGCCAUCUGGGUGAAAGGGCUUGGCCCCUUUCCCUUCGUGUCUUGCUGUAGUGUGGGCCUUUGAGCUGUGACCAUGGCUUCCUCUGAAAGAGAAAUAGCAGCUCUGUCUACGUGGUCUUAAUCUCAGAGGUCUUAAUCUCAGACGCAUUCAUGCGUCUCACUGUGGGAUUUAACACAAUAUCUGACAUGCUCUGGUACCAAGUAUUUUGUUAACUGUGAAUUUUGAAGCUGUGGGGGAAGGCUUAUGAGACAAACUUGUGCCAAGACUUAGAGUUUAUUUUUAGAUCCUCAUCCUGAGAUUUUCUGCCUGGUGAAAUUCCAGAGUUAGUCUGGGGGCAGAAGUGAGGAGACAAUUGAGGAAAUUUGGUAGAGCACAAACAAACAAACAAACAAACAAAAAUCUACUGUCCUCUAGUAUCCUAGUGAAAGAAUUCACGUGGGAAAUUUUGAGGUAUAAUUAUUGGGAUAGUCACUGUGAAUUUUAAGUGGUACAAAGAUAAAAUGGGGCCUUCAGAUCACUUGGCAAUUUGUGAGUUAACCUGACUUGAGGCAAACCUGAGCCCAGGCCAAGCACUCAGUGCACCCUGGGCCCUUUCCCCACUCCAGGAUGCUCUGUCAGCUUAGCUAGAGGAGUAGGACUUGGCCAGCAUUUCUCUGAUGGGCCAGGGUGAGGGAGGAUGGGGAGAUGGGGCCGUCCCAGCCUUGUUUGCAGCAGCCCUUGUGUGUUCAGCUUCUCAGGGAGUCAUUAGUCUUCUCCGUGUAUGGUCAGACCUGGUUCAGAUGUGAGCAGGGAAGAUGGGAGGGAGAUAUCAUGGGAGCAAAAGGGUCAGAUGUGUUCUAGAUGGGCAGGACUAGUGAAAAAACCAGAGAAAUAUUUUUUUUUAAAUCUUUUUAUCGGUACCGGGGAUCGAACUCAUGACCGUCUGCUUGCAAGGCAGCUGCUUAUGCCACUGAGCUAAAUCCCCAGCCCCUAGAGAAAUAUUUUGAUUCCAUUAAGUUUUCAGCUACUCUAGAUACUGGAGAUAUUUCAACAGAAGAUGGUUAAACACUUAUGUGAGAUUUUAUUGAAGAAAAUAUCUGGAUGAAUUUUAAGAGCCUCUUUGGCCUAUGGUUUGUUCAAAUAGCAUUCCUCAGCUAGUGUUACCUCCUUACAUUUAUCCUGAACAGAAGUCCUGGGUUGAAGGGCAGCCAUUUGGGCUGUGGAGCUGGGAAUUCCAGAAUUGCUUUGACUGAAAUAUUAACAGAAAAGGCCAUAGGAUCAUCCAUUUUCUAUUUGGAUAAAAGCUGGGAGGUUAGGCAAAUUGAAAUUAAUAACUGGAUCUUUGUCUUCUGACAUAUCUUGGAGUGCUGCCAUUUAUCUGUGGUCUGGAUGGAAUUUGCUGGCAAGAUCUUUUUCUACACUGGAUGUUUUUCUCAACAGUGGCCUUCCCCAAAGGCUGGAAAGUCUGCCCCUACAUAGAUUUACCAAGACAGAGAGAAGCAGUGAAUCAAAAAAUCAUCCUAGUAAAAAGGACUAAUUUCUUCAUUUUAUACUUGGAGACUAAAACUCUGAAAGGAACACGGACUUAUUCAAAGACAUGGAGGAGGUCGUGUAAAAGUAGUUGAAUGUUUUGAUUCCUGGAUCACAGACAUCUACCCCUGCACUAUUUUUAGCAUAGUUAAUUCUGUAAAUUUGAGUUUAUUUUUGUGUUUGGCCCAUAGCAGGGAUUGACUUUUUGCUCAGAUGAUUUAUUUGGCAGUCAGAAUUCUCCCUAUGAUUCUUAUGACUGGUCUAAAAUCCAAGUGUACAUAGAGUUGUGCACAAAAAUAUACAUGUGUGCACCCCACUGAACCUCUGAAUCUAUCAGGAUGUAUUAAAAUCCCACAAUUUACAUUUAAGUAACAUAAGGGGGAGAUUAUUUUAGGCACGGGAUCUCCCAUGCACAGACAGUGGUCUUGUUGGCAAAUCUUGUUUUACCUCAACUUUUCCUCGGGAAGAAUUCAUUAUUGUAGGCAUCAUGUCACUUGACUGUUUGGAAUAAAAAAUGUGCCAAUCUUCUCUCCUGUGAUGUGGAAGAAGAUGUGCAAGGCUGUACUGUGAAGUUGUUAAGCUCUUAGAAGGCACCCCAGAGAGUACAGUAUUACUGACGUCCCUGUCCUUCCUCAAGGCCCGGUGGGACUGUGUCCUUUUGCUCUGGGCCGGGCCCAGGCAGAUGGGUGGUCAUCUGGGCCUGUACGCCAUACUUGACUACAUGGAUUUACAUAUUUUAACUGUGAUCUUGGUUCCAAGUACAGAACUGGCACUCUGUUCUUGUUGAAUGUUCCUGAUUUUUAAAAAUUCUCUUAUAGAGGCAUUCCAAAUGUUUGUAUGUGAAACUCUAUGUUCAGGAAAGAAAUCAUAAGAAGAGUAAGACUUAUUUUAGCACCAUCAUUUUUAUUUCUAAUAAAUAUUUAUUUUGCCUUGU